ACAAAGAUACAACAAACAUGGCCGACCAUGAAGGUAACGCUGAGGUUCAACGAUUAAGUUGGUAUCACGAGAACAUAAGUCGUCAUGUGGCCGAGGGCCUGUUGAUGGCCAAUGGAAAAGAUGGAAGUUAUUUACUUCGAGCAAGUGCAUCUAAUCCAGGAGAAUAUUCAUUGUCAGUGAGAUGCGCUAGCUCUGUAAAGCAUUUUCAAAUUGGCUGGGAUGGUUCACAGUUCAAAUUUGGAAUGGGAUCAUUUUCAAAUAUCAGUGAAUUUGUGGAACAUUUUGAAAAUAAGCCUUUGAUUGGUGGUGAUUCAGGGGUCCUUACAUUAUUGAAAUAUCCAUAUCCAAGAGAUAUUGAAGAACCAACAACAUACGAGAAAGUGCGAGUGCAUGCAGAGUGGGGGAAAAACAGAAAAAGUAGCAUAGAAAACAGUAUGGACGAUGGUGUGCAUUCUUUUGGUUCAAAAGAAGGAUAUCUCACAAAACUUGGAGGCAAAGUAAAGCAGAAUUGGAAAACAAGAUGGUUUGUACUGCUGAAGAAUGAACUGAAGUACUUUAAAACAAAAGGAGACAGAGAACCAAUUAAAACUAUAGACCUCGAGGAUUGUCAAGAAGUGGCAAGAGAUGACUCACUAGGAAAAGGAAAUUGUUUCAGGAUUGUCAUGCCAUACAGAACAUUCUUCUGUUAUGCAAAUUCCACUCAAGAAGCUGAAGAGUGGAUCAAAAUUCUUCAGUGGAAGCUGGAAAAUGUAACUACAACAAAACAAAGGCGAUCAACCUACAGAUAAGACAUCAGAAAAAGAGCAUAUAUCAAUAGCAUUUUAUUCAGAUAUUAAUUUAAAUUAAAGUAUUGGUAUUGUAAAUAGUUAUCCUGAGUGAACCAACACUCUUCCUACAAGGGAACUUCUUUACAACUAUAGAAUUUUCUUUACAUUGUAGUGUAGGAUUGGAAUUUUAUGAAUGGUGACUAUUGUGUAGUUUGUUUCAAUUUCUCUAACUGUAUGUAACUUGACAAAUUAGUAGCACUUACAAAAACUUCAAUUUAAGCUUUCCAGUUGAGUGCGCACAAUCGAGUUUUGGGUGUCGGAAUAGUAGUUGCUAGGAAUAAUGUUUGCAUAAGAGUCACUCAAAGUAAGAGCUGAUGGAAACUCCAGCUUCUCAACUACUUUGCAAAUAUGCCAAUAGAGGGAAAGUGAUAUUACUAGGGUUGUCUUCACUCUAUUAGGAACAGGCUACCACUUUGUUGAUUCCGGAGCAGGGUUUCAUUAUCUCAUUCCAUAAUUAAGGCUAUUAAGAAUGCAAUCUGUCCUUUAUUUCUCGUUAUCUAUUGAAAACUAAGUUUAGUUUUAAUCAUCAUUACGUUUUGCUAGUGCUUCCUUUAGGAUCAAAAUCAAAAUCAAGUAAUUACUUAUCUAACUAAAUUAUCUUUAAUAAGAGUAUGUUUCUAUUCGCUAGAGAAUUUGGCAUUUAAGUAAAGUUCUUUAUGGGAGAAUUGGGAUCAAAACAUUAGUCUCAAUAAAGCUGACUACUAUUAAACUUCAA